UCCGGGCCUGUCCGCGCUUCACGGAGGGGCCGCGGCUGCGUCACCGCAGCGUUCAGGCGGGCUGCUCCCCUCCGCGGCCACGGCGGCAGCGUCCGGCAGCGCUGCCCGGCUGCGGAAGCCCCGCUCGGUCGCGGUGGCGGCGCGGGGCCCGGCCGGUCCCGCAGCCCGGCUCUGAGAUGGCGCCGCCGGGCCGGGAGCUGCCGUGGGCUGCCCGCCUCGGCCUCGGCCUCGGCCAAAAGUCCUGGAGCUGGAGUGGUCGCAGGCGGUUUCCUCAGUUUGUGUAUUUGUCUUAGUUUCCUUUUCCCGCAUCAUUUUUCUCACCUGAGCACACGAUCAGGGUAGGAGUUCAGUAGUUUGUUUUCUAUAAGUAUUUCUCUAUUUUUUUUCUUCUGUUUGUUCUGUACACUGCCCCUGGACAGCUAUGAAAUUUCUGUUGGUUUUUGACUUCGACCAUACGAUUGUAGAUGAAAAUAGUGACACCUGGAUUGUGAAGUGUGCUCCUGGGAAGAAGCUUCCUAAUGGAUUGAGAAACUCCUACCAGCCUGGGUACUGGACAGAAUAUAUGGGCAGAGUCUUUGUCUACUUGGGAGACAGCGGUGUCAAAGAAGAGGAGAUGAAAAGGACUAUGACAACGAUCCCUUUCACUGCGGGAAUGGGAGAUCUUCUGCAUUUUAUUGGCGAGAACAAAGAGCUUUUUGACUGCAUAAUUGUUUCAGAUUCUAAUACAGUAUUUAUUGACUGGAUUCUAAAAGCUGCCGACUUCCAUAAGGUGUUUGAUGAAGUGUUUACAAACCCUGCAGCAUUCAGCAGUACUGGCUACCUAACUGUACAGAACUUUCACACUCACCAUUGUCCAAAGUGCCCUAAAAACCUUUGCAAAAGGAAAGUUUUAAAAGAAUUUCUAGAUAAACAGUUGGAGCGAGGAGUAAGUUAUACACAAAUUGUAUAUAUAGGUGAUGGCGGGAAUGACUUAUGUCCGGUAAUGUCUCUGAAGAAGAAUGACAUUGCUAUGCCCAGGCAUGGGUAUACCUUAGAGAAAAGGAUUUCUCAGCUCUCCCAAGAUCACAGUCCUGUAGAGUGUUCUGUUCUGGUUUGGUCAACUGCUGUUGAAAUAGUGUCUUAUCUGAAGCUGCUUAUAAGGGAAUAAGUCAGAUGAUAAAAGGAAACCAAUAUAGUUAUGCCUUUUUCUUUCCAGGAGAGAAACACUGCAUGUGCAUAAAAGCACAAAACUAGAACUGGGAUGCCAUCUGAACCUAUGUUUUAUAAACACGAUACAAAACUGUGUGUUCGAUUUUGGCAAUAGUGGGAAAGCCAUAUUAAAACGGCUUUCUAGCAUACUACACAUUCCAACAUCAGUGGAAAAGGGGGUGGGAGGGUUGCAGGGGGAAUUGCCAUUAACCUUCUCCCUACCCUGAACCUUUACUGCCUGCAUGUCCUGUUCCAUGUGCUCAGGGAAAGGAGUGGGAUUAGCGCACAAAAGAAAGAAAGAAUUCUUUACUUAUAAAGAACUUAAAUUCUUAACUUGCCAGGAGCAUGGUUCUGGAAUCAUUGGCUUUGAAUACUAUUUAAUCAGGGUAAAUGUUUAAUUUGUAAAUGACUUGGUAUGCCUCUAAUCUUGUUUGAUCUGAAGAUGCAUUUAUAUUUUUAAUAUACUGAAUAUUUUACCAAGUAAAAUUCCUUUUUAAGAGUUUUAAUUAAAGACAAUAAAAGUUACUAUCAGUGACAAAAGCAA